AUGACAAUUCCUGAAGAUAUCCUCGCUGCGAACGCGACGGGGAGAAUCCCCGAUGGCGUCUCUCUGUCAUAUCUCGCAGAAUCGCGAGAUCACUCUGCCAUUGUGGGCAUCUUGUUCAUGGUCUGCUUCGCGGGUCUGGUCGUGCUUGUACGCCUGUAUGCGCGAUUAUUCUUGGUGAAGAAACUUGGUCUGGAUGAUGCAUUGGCUGUUCUCACUUUGAUUGUCUACAUCGUCUUUGUCGUUCUCUCAAUCGUCCUGAUCAACCUGGGCAGUGGUCGCCAUAUCGAGUAUAUUCAAUAUGUCCUUUCCAUGCCCACCGUCCGCGAAACCGAAGUUCUCGACUUCGUCGCCCACAUUCUUUAUACAACGGCUCUUUUCCUUUGUCGACUAUCCGGUCUUGCAUUCUACUUCCGCAUUAGUGCGCGCUCCAGCAAGCUACGACUGGGUAUUAUGAUCGUCACUGGUAUCAUCACCGCCGCGUACUUGCCCCAGAUUUUCCUGUUGAUCUUCCACUGCAAGCCCGUGACUGGUCUCUGGCCCUAUGAAUGGCAGGUUGAGCCCAUCACUUAUAAAUGUCUCUCCUGGGGACUGGUCUACUCUGUCAACUCGGGCGUCUCGCUCUCCUGCGACGUAAUGAUGUUCGUCAUUCCGGGCAUCCUGAUUAAAGAACUGCACGUCUCCUUCAAAAAGAAGAUUAAGCUUUCCAUCGUCAUGUUCCCCGGUGUCUUUGUAAUUGUCAUCUCUGCCGUCCGCGUCUGGCUGGUCGUCGUCGGACAGUGGGCUUCCGACGGCAGCUGGGCCUACAACCCGAUGUUAUGCGUCGAAAACGCCGAGAUCUCAAGUACCUUGAUCGCGCUCUCCGUCCCCGCCCUGAAGCCCGUCUUUGGAAACAUUUUCAACCACUUGACCGAGUACACUUCCAGUCAUACUCGCUCCCGAUCCGCCGGGGGCCGACUAAGAAGCCAAUCGAAGCCCGUGAGUGAGCUCGGCUCAUCCACUCGGGAUGACAAGAGGCUUCUGGAUUGGUCUAAGCGCGGCCACGACGACUAUGAGAUGAUGCCUUCUGAGAUUUCGGUGGCUCGUGAUGUACACAGUCGAGGCUCUAUUGUCAAGACACCUGGUAUUCGUGUCACGAAUGAGGUGAAUAUCACAAGGGCGGAGCAUGAUAGGCCGCCGUCGCAGGCUUCGUCGAGGGCUUCUGCUUCUUCUCCACGAGCAACAUAG